GUGUUUGAUGGAGAGAAAAGCUAUGAGCACAGCGAAGCGGAUAAACAGAGAAUGCAAAGUCUGCCUUGCCUAUAAAAAAACCUUCUGAGAGUGCAGCUUUGGGCUAUUUAUGCCCCUUCUAUGUCUUUCUCUGACUCCAGUGCAACAUUUCUUCUGAAUGAGGGUUCAGCUGAUUCAUACACAAGUCGACCAUCGUUAGACUCCGACGUGUCCCUGGAGGAGGAUCGGGAGGCUGCCCGCCGCGAGGUGGAGAGGCAGGCUCAAGAGCAGCUUGAAAGAGCUAGGCUAAAGCCGGUAGCCUUUGCUGUAAGAACAAAUGUCAGUUACUGUGGAGCGCUGGAUGAGGAGUGCCCAGUACAAGGAGCUGCCAUCAACUUUGAAGCCAAAGAUUUCCUACAUAUCAAGGAGAAAUACAACAAUGACUGGUGGAUCGGGCGGCUAGUAAAAGAAGGGGCUGACAUCACCUUUAUCCCUAGCCCCCAAAGGCUUGAGGCCAUUCGACUGAAACAGGAGCAGAAAGCAAGGAGGUCUGGAGACAUGGUCUCAGGAAAUCGGCGUUCGCCUCCCCCAUCUACAGCUAAACAGAAGCAAAAACAGGCAGAGCACAUUGCUCCAUAUGAUGUGGUUCCAUCUAUGAGACCCGUGGUUCUUGUUGGCCCGUCUCUGAAGGGAUAUGAGGUAACUGACAUGAUGCAGAAAGCUCUCUUUGACUUCAUGAGGCACAGAUUUGAUGGCAGGAUCUCCAUAACUCGAGUGACUGCUGAUUUGUCAUUGGCUAAACGUUCUGUGCUGAACAACCCAGGCAAGAGAGCUAUCAUUGAGCGCUCUAGCACCCGCUCAAGCAUCGCUGAGGUCCAGAGUGAAAUUGAAAGAAUCUUUGAACUGGCCAAGACUCUCCAGCUGGUUAUAUUAGAUGCAGAUACAAUCAACCAUCCCACUCAGCUUAGCAAAACAUCACUGGCCCCCAUCAUCGUAUUUGUAAAAGUGUCUUCUCCAAAGGUAUUGCAGAGACUGAUAAAAUCCAGGGGGAAAUCCCAAGUCAAACAUCUCAAUGUCCAGAUGCUGGCAGCCGACAAGCUGAUCCAGUGCCCUCCGGAAAUGUUUGAUGUGAUAUUGGAUGAGAACCAGCUGGAAGAUGCCUGUGAGCACCUUGCGGAGUACAUGGAGGUUUACUGGAAAGCCACACACCACCCCUUGCACCCCCAAAAUAGUCCGAAUCUCAUAACACCCCCAACUGUCAUUCCUGGUUUACAGAACCAACAGCCUGUCUCAGAUCGAGCCAAUGAGCACUCACCCCUUGAGCGUGACAGUUUGAUGCAGUCAGAUGAGGCCAGUGAGACAUCUCGAAAAACGUGGACAGCUUCUUCACAAAGAAGCUCUCAUCACCUUGAGGAUGAGUACUCCGACACCUACACUGAUGUGUACCAGCCCCACAGGCACCACAACAGUGGACUGAACAGCACAAAUGGGCACGACUCUCAGGACCGGCUCCUGGAUCGGGAUUCUGAGCAGAACCAUAAUGACAGGAACUGGCAGCGUAAUCGCCCAUGGCCUAAGGACAGUUACUGAAAGUGAUCUCACUGCACACACCCAUCCUACACACAUACACACACUCCUCCUGCAUGGCAGUGCAUGGCAGGAGGCACAAACCACUGAGUGCAAAUUCCAGGGUAGCUCCGAGAGGCAAAAGUAUACUGGUGAAAAACAGCCCUUUGACAUAUACUGGGUGCCUGGUAGCUGUUGGCUGCAAAACAAAGGUGAGAUGGUAGAACAGAGAGAAGUAGAUGCAUAUUUUCAGUGCCCGCUGCCAAAAUAGAUCAAAUGAAGACAAGGUAUUUCUGUGCUUUACAAUCCAAGGCAGCUUGGUGCUUAACACACAAUAAUUUCUAUACGCCCAGCUGGUAGUAUUAAAAGGCCUCUUACGUGAAACCAUUUGGGCAGUAUCCACAGAUACCUUCUAGCACUUCCACAAUACACAGUCAUAGGUUUACAAAACAGAACAGCAGACAUCCUUCCUGCAGGGACAGAAGUGUGUCAAGGUAAGAGUAAGCUUUGAGAAUGAAGUGGGGCUUGGGCGACUCUCCUUCUUUUUAGCACUUGCAUAUGCUGCCUAUAUAUAUAUAUAUAUAUAUAUAUAUAUAUAUAUAUAUAUAUAUACUCUGCAAUACACUAUCUCCUGCUAGGCCUGGCAAUAUAGUGCAACAUCACAUACCAUAGGCUUUGGCAGACCUUGUGACAACAAUCCUACCAGAAACAUGUCAGCAUUCACUUUGAGAACGAUGGUGCCCAGUGCCGAUCACUUGUUGGCUAUGAUAUUAGCCAAAGUACGAUAUGAACAGCACCACAAUUGUAAUUGAAGUUAAAAUGCCUUUAUUGCUCAAGUAACGGGCAUUACCGCUAUGAUAUUAGCUACAGACCAAGCAAAAUAUAAUAUUGUAAUCCAAUUAAUCCAAUAAGGAUUAAUUAUAUCUUAUUUGGGAUGCUGUAGAAUGCAUUGUUUUCUCAUUACACAGAAAAAGGAAAUCAUUUUAAAAAUUGGAAUUAUUUGAUUACAAUGGAGUCUAUGGGAGAUGGCCUUCCCAUAAUUUGGAGCUUUCUGGAUAACAGGUUUCUGGAUAACGGAUUCCAUACCUGUAUCAGGAAUAAGCCGGUUUCCUAAUUGCAAAAUAUCUAUCAUUCUGGUUCAUUCACUACAGACUCACCAAAUUGAGUUUGUCCCAAUGACUAAUGAUAAAUCCUGCUGUUAUCUGUGCUUAAUUCUGUAAUAAAUGCAACUUCUUUAGACA